AAAAAUCCCAUUUCAGUUACUCAUGAUGAUUAAUCUCUUCACCUACAGUGUUGCUGCUCCUCAUCUUCCUUCUGCCUUACUGAGAGAUAAACAUAUGCUCACGCACUGAGUCAUAACGUGGAUAUUUCACAUACAUAUUGACGACAUAUUUCACUUUGUUGUGUGUGAGAAUGGUGCUUUGAGGUACACGUGUACAGUACGUGAGAGCUGUGAACAGUGAGUAAAGACGCAGAAACUUUAACCCUGCAUAAUGCCCUCUGGCACGUGGCGUUUUGCUCAGUAAUGAUGGGAUGCAUACAUUCACAGCUUUCAACAAAAGUGGUUUUAUGAGCAGCUCAAGGCAUUUCCUCUAAUCCGUGGGGAGAGUGUUUAAAUAAACUGCAGACGGAGGCUGAGGGCCGCAGAAGGAGGGAAACACCAGCUUGGCUGUCUGCGUCCUUCACACUCACGCAGCCUGACAUUUAGAUAUAGGCAAAUUGGAAACACACCUCCACAGGCGACAGGUGUGAAGUCUAAACCACCUGAAGCCAAACUGACACAUCUACUUCUUACAAUCCGCCCCAUCAGCUGCGAAACAGACCAUCAUGAUUUUCUUUAUGGACCUCCAGAUGAUGCUUCUGGACGUGAUUUACUUCAUCCUGCGCAACUCUCUGCGGAUCGUCAUGCGCCCACGCACCAAGCCCAUCGAUGGAGAGCUGGUGCUGAUCACCGGAGCGGGCGGCGGUCUGGGUCGCCUCUUUGCCCAGGAAUUCACCAAGCAUGGGGCAGAGGUGGUGCUGUGGGACAUCAACAGCAGCUCCAACGAGCAGACAGCCAAGCUGGUGCGUGAGAUGGGGGGCAAGGCGCACACCUACACGGUGGACGUGACCAAAAGAGACGAUGUGUAUCGGAACGCAGACCUUGUUCGACAGGACCUGGGCCGGGAUGUUACGAUGCUGGUGAACAAUGCCGGAGUGGUGGCCGGGGAGCGCAUGUUAGACUGUCCCGAUGAGCUGGUGGAGAGGACCAUGAAGGUCAACUGCCAUGCCCUCUUCUGGACGGUGAAGGCCUUCCUCCCUCAGAUGAAGGCCCAGAAUCACGGACAUAUUGUAACCAUCGCCAGCGUCCUCGGCCUCUUCAGCACCGCUUGUGUCGAGGAUUACUGUGCCAGUAAGUUUGCCGCAGUGGGCUUCCACGAGUCUCUGGCCCACGAGCUGCUGGCCGACGAGUUCGAAGGAGUGAAGACGACCCUCGUGUGCCCCUACAUCGUGGACACGGGCAUGUUUGAAGGCUGCAAGAUCCGGGAGGAAGUGGAACUGAUCCUGCCUCCUCUGGAGCCCCAGUACUGCGUGGAGCAGGCCAUGAACGCCAUCCUGAUAGACCAACCGUUAGUGUGCAUCCCUCGCCUCACCUACCUGCCUUUCCUGUCCAGAGCAUUGUUGCCAUGGGAAUCCAAUGUGGUCACGUAUCGUUUCAUGGGGUCCGACAAGUGCAUGGUCCCCUUCAUUGAGACCAUGAGGAAACAAGCAGCUAAUGCUGCCAUUGCGGCUGCAUAGUCCUGCUCAUAUACAGUUAAAGCAGCAAGGGGGGGUAAAAAAAAAAAAACAACAACUUAAAAUUCAAAUUUAAUGUAAAAACAACAAAAAAACCCCAAACAAAAAAACCCCACAUCCUUCUGCUUAUUUGGACAGCAGGGGGCCUAACCUAACAUGUGGGGUAUCAGAGGCCAAACAGACGGGGGCUUUAGACUUCAGGACUCAUCAUUCAGAAGUGUGUACUAGAUGACGACUCAGCCAAGUGUUCAUCAGUGCCCCCCAAAAAAACGAAAAACAAAAAACAAAACAAAAACAAAACAUCUCUGUAAUGUUCAAAUGAAGUCUGAAGUCCCCGAAAACUGUUUUCACCACAAGGCUUUAAAAUGACAAAAAUGCUUCACAGUGUCUGAAUCCUGGACCGGCCAAAAGGGGAAUGUCUUUAAUAUCUGUAAUUUAAUGUACCAGAGCGUUGUGCUGUAUUGUGUUUACAUAAAAUAAAUUGAUUGAAAAACACUUCAAACUCUCUCAUGAGAGCAACUGAUUUGUGUGCUGCUUUGUGUUUAUGAGAACUGAACAGAACAUACAUAUGUGCUAAGGCUAAAGAGCAUGACUAUAUAAUGAUGCUGGCACUAAACAAGGUUCGGUAUUAACUUGUUCUGAAGUAGAACAGGCUUAAAAUAUCUUUAAUAGGUUUUCAUUGAAGCAACAUUAAUAACUUUUUUACCCUUAAAAUAACAGCUUCAAAAUCAUUUUGAUGUGUCUGGUAACAGGGUGAACAGUGAUUCUGUCACUUGUAUCUGCUCUAUGUAACUUUAGUGAGAGGGUCAGAUCACAGUGUUCAAACAUGUUUACUUCAGCAUACAAGAUUUCAAUGAGUAAUUAGUUGUGUUUGUAGUCAGCACCUACAUUAUGUCUGACAGAUUGUUACAGACCUGUGAUGUGCAUUUAGGACAGUGGUGUUGCAAAUGGAUGGCUUGGCAGCACUGUAAA